AAACAUGGAAAGUCAUAUGAACUGAUGCAAAGUAUAGUGAGAAGAAGCAGCAGAACAUUAUAGAUAGUAACUAAUAUUCUAUGAUGAAGAAUUGUGGAUGACUUAGCUAUUCUCAGUAAUAAAAUGAUCAAAGACAGUCCCAAAGGGAUCAUGAUUCUGAACAGGCUAUCUGCCUCCACAGAAAGAACUAAUAUCUGAAUACAUACUCAAGUGUACUGAUUUUUACUUUCUUUCAUUAUUUUUUUGGUCUUUAGCAAAUGACUAUAUGAGCCCUAGAAGGGAAUGCAAUUUUAAAAAAAAGUAAAAAUGGAUGUCUUAUCUCAAAAAGCUUCAUCUGUAAACCCUAUUUUGGGGGAAAUUUUGUUGGAGUUUUACAAAUAUGAAAAAGGAGAUUCUUUAAUGACAUCUUCUUUGAACAAUAUGGAAAGUAAGUAAAAGAAAGUAGAAAGUGAAAAGAAAAUCACACUUAGGACUAUAUAAGGGAGAAGGACUUAGAGGCCAGAUAACCCAAGAAGCUGAAGACAAAGGCUCACAGGUCUUCCAGCUCAACCCCAAACUCUCCUCAGCAUCACCAUGAAGUCCUGGAGCUUGUUGCCAGUUGUCCUGGUGCUGCUCUGCUCCAGCACCCUCUGCUCCCUGGCCUGUGACCUGACUCAGGGUUUACAGGAAGACUUCUUUCUUCUGAACCAAAUGAGCAGGUUUUCCCUAGUGCCAUGUCUGAAGGACAGGACUAACUUCAACUUCCCAAAGGUAGCCAUGGAGGGCAGCCAACUCCAGAGGGAAAAUGCCAAAGUCAUUGUGCAUGAGAUACUCCAGCAGAUCUUUACCCUCUUCAGCCUGAAUGCCACUCCUGCUGCUUGGAAUCAGACCCAGCUCAUGCAACUGCUCAGUGGACUGGAUCAGCAGAUGGAAAAACUGGAGAGCUGUCUUAGAGAGGAUGUGGAGUGGGAAGAGGCUUCCUUGGGAAGGGAGAACCCCAGCCUGGCCCUGAAGAGCUACUUCCAAGGAAUAAGCCAGUACCUGAAGGGCAAAGAAUACAGCCGCUGUGCUUGGGAGAUUGUGCGGGUAGAGAUCAGAAGUGUCUUUCUGUUCAUGAACAAACUCACAGGAAAACUCAGGGAAUGAGGAAGAAAAAAUAGGCUUUCAUUUCUUUAAAUAAUUGGCUGCUUCCUAAAAUUAAGUAGUCGAUCAUUAGAAAGAUUUGGUUCUACAUCAACUGAAAAUAUCUGUCUUCAUUGAAUAAUUUCAUUAUAAUAUAAGUUGCCAUUCAUUCCUCUAUUGAAAGAGGCUUUGAAUACAGAGAAUCAUCAUCUGUG